AUGGCGGACAUCAAGAUUGACGGCAAGCUUUUUCAAGAGCGCAUUUCGCAUUUCGCGACCGCCUGGAAGAAUGACCUCCGAUCCAAAGAUGGCCUUUUCGGUGGAGCCACCUCCAUCUUGGUGAUGAUGGGCAAAAUGGAGGAAAUUCCGGAGUUUCACAAGAACAACGCCAUGCACUUUUGGUUACUGGGAUACGAGUUUCCGACGACUCUGAUGCUGCUGACUGUGGACACUCUGUACAUUCUCACGACGGCCAAGAAAGCCAAACAUUUGGACCAACUCAAGGGCGGUCGGUUUCCCAUCGAAGUGCUUGUUCGCGGCAAAGAUGCGGCCGAGAACGAGAAGCUUUUUGUUACCAUCGCAGACAAGAUCAAGGCAGCAGGGAACAAAGUCGGAACCAUUGCCAAGGACAAUUCCAAGGGCCCUUUCGUCGAUGAGUGGAAGAAGAUAUUUGCUGAGCAUUGCAAAGCGCUUGAAGAGGUGGAUAUUUCGGCCGCGCUCUCCACCCAUGCCUUCUCGGUAAAGGAUGAGAGCGAGCUCCGCGCGAUGCGAACCGCUUCAAAAGCUUGCGUGGCUCUCAUGACGCCAUAUUUUCUCGACGAAAUGUCCAACAUACUCGACAGUGAGAGAAAGGUUACCCAUGCUACGCUCGCCGAAAAAGUCGACCGAAAGCUCGACGACGAUAGGUUCUGGAAGACUGUUGAGUUGCCCAACAAGGGAAAACUACCGUCAGACUUUGACGCCGCCCAGCUGGAUUGGAUCCUGGGUCCCGCCAUUCAGAGCGGCGGCAAGUACGAUCUGCGUUUUGCUGUCGAGGCAAACAAUGACAAUCUGCACGCUGGCAUCAUCAUUGCUGGCUUGGGCCUGAGAUACAAGUCAUACUGUUCGACAAUCGCACGGACCUAUCUAGUCGAUCCUAACAAAUCUCAGGAGAGCAACUAUAAGCUCUUGCAUAUGAUUCACAACACCAUUCUCAAAGAGAUCCGGGACGGCAUGUCCGCCAAGGAAGUGUAUCAAAAAGCCAUCAAUUUGAUCAAGGUCAAGAAGCCCGAGAUGGAGAAGCGUUUUCUGAAGAAUGUCGGCUGGGGGGUUGGCCUUGAGAACCGUGACCCGACUCUUGUGCUCAAUGCCAAGAAUUCAAGGACCCUCAAGGACGGAAUGACGCUCAUUAUCCACACUGGAUUUCAGGAUAUUGACAACCCCCAGCCCCAGGACAAGUUCAGCAAGGUCUAUUCCCUGGUACUGACAGAUACUAUUCGAGUCACCACGAGCGAGCCCGUCGUAUUUACUGCCGAGUCUCCCACCAGCGCCGACGCCAACUCCUUUUUUUUCAAGGAUGACGAAGAAGCUGAACCAGCCCCGAAGAAGGAGAAGAAGGAUUCGAGAGUCGGAGCCGUGGCUACCAAAAACAUCACAACCACCAGGUUACGCUCGGAAAGAACUACCCAAGUUGACGAAGAUGCGGAGAGCAAGAGGAAGGAGCACCAAAAAGAACUCGCCCAGAAGAAACAGAAGGAAGGUCUUGCCAGGUUUGCAGAAGCCACAGGCGAUAAGAAUGGAGCCGAGGUCAAAAAAUUCAAGCGGUUUGAAUCGUACAAGAGGGACAAUCAAUUUCCGUUAAAGGUGAAAAACCUCGAGGUUGUCGUUGAUUCCAGAAAUAGCACCGUCAUCCUGCCCAUCAUGGGGCGACCCGUACCUUUCCACAUCAAUACAAUCAAAAACGCCAGCAAGAGCGACGAAAACGACUUUUCUUUUCUGCGGAUCAACUUCUUGUCUCCUGGCCAGGGCGUGGGCAGGAAAGAUGAUCAACCUUUCGAGGAUGCUUCCGCACAUUUUGUUCGCAGUCUGACGUUUCGAUCAGCUGAUGGGGAGAGAUACAGUGAGAUAGCUACUCAGAUCUCGAACAUGAAGCGCGAUGUGGUCAAGAAGGAGCAAGAGAAGAAGGAUAUGGAGGAUGUCGUCGAACAAGACAAGCUCAUUGAGAUUAGGAAUCGCCGACCUGCUGUUUUGGACAACGUCUAUAUCCGUCCAGCCUUGGAAGGCAAACGAGUACCCGGAAAGGUCGAGAUUCACCAGAACGGUAUCCGAUACCAGUCGCCGCUCAAUGCACAGCAACGGGUUGACAUUUUGUUUUCCAACGUUCGCCACCUUUUCUUCCAGCCCUGCGCACACGAGUUGAUCGUCAUUAUCCACAUUCACCUCAAGGAUCCCAUCAUUGUUGGCAACAAGAAGAAGACCAAGGAUGUUCAGUUCUACCGUGAGGCUACCGACAUUCAAUUCGACGAGACCGGCAACAGAAAGCGCAAGUACAGAUAUGGCGACGAAGACGAAUUCGAGGCUGAGCAAGAAGAGCGUCGCCGCCGAGCGGAGCUGGACCGAUUAUUUCAGGGCUUUGCUCAGAAAAUUGCCGAGGCCGGCCGCAACGAAGGCAUCGAAGUCGACAUGCCUAUUCGCGAUCUCGGCUUCAACGGAGUGCCGUUCCGCAGCAACGUCUUUAUCCAGCCAACCACGGACUGCCUUAUGCAAGUAGUCGAGCCUCCCUUCAUGGUCAUUACCAUUGAAGAUAUCGAAAUCGCCCACCUGGAGCGUGUGCAGUUUGGCCUCAAGAACUUUGACAUGGUGUUUGUCUUCAAGGACUUUACGCGGGCGCCAUACCAUAUCAACACCAUCCCCGUCGAGUUCCUGGAUCAAGUCAAGGACUUUCUAGACUCUUCCGACAUUGCGUACAGUGAAGGUCCUCUCAACCUCAACUGGCCGACAAUCAUGAAGACGGUCACGGCGGACACGCACCAGUUCUUCGUCGAUGGUGGCUGGGGCUUCUUGCAAGAGAACUCUGAUGACGAAGACGGCGAGGAUGAGUCCGAUGAAGAAUCCGCCUUUGAGAUGGACGACGACGAGCUGGACGAAGUAUCGGAGUCUAGCGAAGACGGAUCCGAUUUCGGCAGCAAUGCCAGCGACGACGAUGACGACGACGACGAAAUGGACAGCGAGGAGGAAGGCGAGGACUGGGAUGAGAUGGAGAAGAAGGCCAAGAAGAGAGAUAGGGAGAGCGCCCUGGAUGACGACAACCGAGGAAGCAAGAAGCAGAAGAAGCGUUGA